CCGCGCGCUCUUCGGUGACUUCAGAGGAGUUCAGUCUGUUCAGUCAGUUCAGUUCCUCUCCGCGCCUCGACACGAGCGUUCUGGUCCCGUGAGUUGGUGUGUCGCUGCUUCGGCUUCCUCCUUCCUACGUCAAGCUGCGAGCCAUCGUUGCGUCGACAAGUUGAGAGAGUUGAGAAAGUUUUUUAAGUGCUUCGCCUCUCCUGCAUCCGCAACCGACGCUACGGGAACAUCAUGGCUGAGAGCAAGGGCGCGUUAAUCGCGAAAACAGUACAGAAACACGCGGGCAGAGCGAAAGAGAAGUUUCUUCAGAAUCUGGGCAAGGUUGAUCGAACCGCGGACGAUAUAUUCGACGAGCACCUGCAGAACUUCACAAGGCAGCAGAACUCCGCCAACAGACUGCAAAAGGAGUUCAACAAUUACAUCAGGUGUGUUCGAGCAGUGCAGGCCGCUUCAAAGACACUCAUGGACUCGUUGAAUGAGAUCUACGAGAGUCAAUGGACCGGACAUGAUCUGUUAUACGUGCAGGCACAAAAUCUUGACAUGCUGUGGCAAGAUUUCACUCACAAACUUGCGGACCAGGUUCUUGUACCACUCAAUACGUAUCAAAGUCAAUUCCCAGAGAUGAGGAAAAAGGUCGACAAACGCGGACGCAAAUUGGUAGAUUACGACAGUCAGAGACACAACUUCCAGUCGUUGCAGGGUAAUCCAAAGAAGAGAGAUGAACUCAAAGUAUCCCGGGGGAAGGAGCUAUUAGAAGAAGCAAAACGUACAUACGAACAACUAAAUUCCGAGCUGCACGACGAACUGCCAGCAUUGUAUGACUCGCGCGUUCUUUUCCUCGUCACAAAUUUGCAGACACUCUUCGCCGCAGAGCAAGUGUUUCAUACUGAAAGUGCCAAGGUAUAUUCUGAAUUAGAAGCAAUCGUUGAUAAAUUGGCUAACGAAAGUCAGCGAGGAUCUUACACGUUGAAGAAGAAUACGGAACCGCAAUCACCGAAGUCACCCAACGCGAACUCAUCCCUAAUAAUUAACACGCAGCCAGCGCAGAACAAUAUCUCAGGAGCUUUAGAUGAUACCGUGCCCGUUGCCAGAGACACGUCGCCGACCACCCAGAUAAACGGCAACGCUAACAGCAACGCUAAUAGCAACGCUAAUAGCAACGCUAAUAGCAACGCUAAUAGCAAUGAUAACUCUCUCAAUAAUCAGGAUGCUUCGCCGCAGAAUGCAGUCGCGCCUUCUAAACGAGUCGAGGAACUGUAUGAUAUACCAGUUGGGGCGACAACAGACAAUCUGCCGCCAGGCGUUUUAUACAGGGUUAAAGCCACUUACAAGUACAGUCGUGAGGAUGUGGACGAAUUAUCGUUCGACGUUGGCGAGAUUAUUCGCGUGGUGGAAUACGACGAUCCUGAAGAACAGGAAGAAGGCUGGUUAAUGGGUAUCAAAGAAGGAACCAAUGAAAAGGGUAUGUUCCCGGGAAACUUCACGAAACCGCUGUGAAAGCUGUGCUCGAUUCGCCAUUUACACUCCAAUGCUCAUCAGAGACAGCGUAUUUUACUUUAAAGUAGUUAAAGAAUCGCGUAAUUAAGUGGGAGAUAAAGAGCCGCGCGGUCAUGCGAGAAUAAUAUUACGUACGGCGUAUAUAAGUAAAAGCAAACGGAAAAGAAAAAAGCAGGCGAACAAGGUUGCAGGAGGAAUACGGAGAGGGAGCGGGGAGAAUUCGAUAAGAUAGUUAUGCUGGAGGGUACUGCGGAGAGAAUCAAUCACCCCAAAGUGCCUUAACCCAGCCACUGUCUGUGCCAACAUUCACUCUUAUUCGUCAAAAAAAUAUGGGAUUGACCCUCUCAUAUCAAACGUACGAUACACAUCAUGAAUAAUAAU